AUGGGCUUCUUCACCAAGAAAGAACCAGCCCCGACCAACAAUGUCAAGUCCGAGGCGACGACCGUCGUGCCUAGCCAAAAUGGCUCCAACACCAAUCUCGAAAAGAAUAUGCCACUGGAGACAUCGGUCGCAGACAAGGCUGAGGACGGAUUAGAGAAACAGAUUGUAACAGAACCGUUGUCCAAUACAGAAUCUUCUUCGGACGUUGAGAUCCAGAACGAAAAAGACCACCUGGACCAAAUCGCGCCCAAUGCCGAAGACGACGAAGCGGUCUAUCCGAGUGGCAUCACGCUGGCGCUCAUCUCUCUCGCUCUCUGUCUGGCCGUCUUCUUGGUGGCCCUGGACAAUACCAUUAUUGCCACGGCCAUCCCCAAAAUCACGGAUCGAUUUAAUUCUUUGGGUGAUGUCGGGUGGUAUGGCUCAGCCUAUCUCCUCACCACUUGCGCCUUGCAGUUAUUCUUUGGAAAAUUGUUCACCUUCUACUCCAUCAAGACGGUGUAUUUGGGUUCCAUCGUCGUCUUUGAAGUGGGUUCCGCGGUCUGUGGUGCGGCACCUUCCUCGGACGCUUUGAUUGUUGGCCGUGCCAUUGCUGGUGUUGGCUCCGCGGGUAUCUUCGCCGGCUCCCUGGUGAUCAUUGCCUACACCGUCCCUCUGGUCAAACGACCCAUCUAUACUGGUAUUGUGGGUGCCAUGUAUGGCAUCGCAUCGAUCGCUGGGCCGUUACUCGGUGGAGCUUUCACUGACGGCCCCGGCUGGCGUUGGUGCUUUUACAUCAACCUGCCUCUCGGCGCCGUCACCUUGUUCGUGAUUUUCUUCUUCUUCCAUUCCCCCAAGAGGAAGGCCGAACAAAAGGUGCCCUGGAAGGAGAGAGUCCAUCAACUUGAUCUUGGCGGGACUUCCCUGUUCAUUGUUGAUAUUGUCGUCUGCUUGCUCGCUCUUCAAUGGGGUGGUUCCACGUACGCAUGGUCUAAUUGGCGGAUUAUCCUCUGUCUCACUCUCUUCGGAGUUUUGACCAUUACCUUCGUCAUCGUCCAAUAUUUCAUGAAGGAAUUCGCCACAAUCCCUUUCAACAUCAUCAAGCAACGCAGUGUUGCUUCGGCAACCUGGUUCGCCUUCGCUCUCGGUGGCGCUUUCUUCGUCCUCAUCUAUUGGGUUCCCAUUUGGUUCCAGGCCAUCAAGGGGGCUUCGGCCUUCAAAUCCGGAAUCAUGUGUCUCCCUAUGGUUCUCUCACUGGUCAUUGCCAAUAUUUUUACAGGGGUGGGCACCACCGUCAUUGGAUACUAUACCCCGUUUUAUUACCUCAGUGUCCUCCUCUCCGCCGUCGGCGCGGGUCUCCUCACCACCUUCGAAACCACCACGGGUCAUGAGAAGUGGAUCGGCUAUCAGAUCGUCUACGGCUUUGGCGUCGGCUUUGGCAUGCAACAAGCCUUGAUAACCGUGCAGGCGGUACUCCCUCUCAAGGACGUUCCGACGGGAACUGCUUUGGUCAUGUUCAUGCAAACCUUUGGCGGUGCCCUCUUUGUGUCGGUUGCUCAGAAUAUCUUCAACAAUCGUCUCGCCACCGAGAUUGUCAAGGAAGCACCGAGCAUUGACCCAGCCAUCAUCCUCCACGUCGGUGCUACGUCCCUUCAAGACCAGAUUCCUCCGCAGAUUCUCCCGGCUGUUCAGGUGGCAUAUAACAAAGCUCUGACGAAUACCUGGUACAUCGCCGUCGCCAUGGCCUGUCUAACGGUCUUUGGUGCCAUCUUUGUCGAGUGGAAGUCUGUCAAAGGCAUGAAACCGGGAGCGGUGGCGGCCUAG